CUGGUGUAGGACUUCAGUUAAGUGGUUCACAUGAAUCUGAGUAAUUUUCUUUCUCUUUCUGUCUUCAGACUGUGUGAAUGCAGUAUUACAGAGGAACAGUGUGUCAUCCUGACUUCAGCUCUGAAAUCAAACCCAUCACACCUGAGAUAUCUGGACCUCAGUGACAAUAAAAUAAGAAACACAGGAGUGAAUCACUUGUGUGACGUACUGAAGGAUUCACACUGUAAACUGAAGAGUUUGUGGUUAAGAGACUGUGACCAGACAGAUGAAGGUUGUUCUGCUCUGACUUCAGCUCUGAAAUCAAACCCAUCACACCUGAAAGGUCUGUACCUCAGGGACAAGAUAAGAAACACAGGAGUGAAACACUUGUGUGACGUACUGAAGGAUUCACACUGUAAACUGGACAGUUUGUGGUUAACAGGCUGUGAUCUGACAGAUGAAGGUUGUUCCGCUCUGAUUUCAGCUCUGAAAUCAAACCCAUCACACCUGAGAGAUCUGAACCUCAGUGAGAAUAAAAUAAGAAACACAGGAGUGAAGCACUUAUGUGACGUACUGAAGGAUUCACACUGUAAACUGGAGAAUUUGAGGUUAAGAGGCUGUGAAAUGACAGAUGAAGGUUGUUCUGCUCUGGCUUCAGCUCUGAAAUCAAACCCAUCACACCUGAGACAUCUGAACCUCAGAAGGAAUGAACUAGGAGACUCUGGAGUGAAAAACCUCAGUGAUCUACUGAUGAACCCACAAUGCAAGCUGGAAAAACUAGAUCUGUAUGAAUGCAGUAUUACAGAGAAUCAGUGUGUCAUCCUGACUUCAGCUCUGAAAUUAAACCCAUCACACCUGAGAGUUCUGGACCUCAGUGAGAAUCAAAUAAGAAACACAGGAGUGAAUCACUUAUGUGACGUACUGAAGGAUUCACACUGUAAACUGGAGAGUUUGAGUCUAAAUAACUGUGGCAUUACAGAUGUUUCUUCUUUAACUCAGUCUUUGACAAACACAAAAGCACUGCAGUUUUUAAAAAAGCUUGAUCUGAGAAAAAAUAUGAUCAGAGACUCAGAGCAGCUCAGUGACGUGAUACGAGACUCAAACUGUAAACUGAGGUGCAUAGAUUGAGAAGAUCCUGGUCAGAGCAGAGCUGAAGUGGAUUAGCAAGAAUAUAUAGAAGUCUUCAGUAUAAGGCCUACAAUCAUAAUGAUAUUGGGAUUAAACUCAUCCAUAUUAAAGCAAUUAAAAUAUUGCUAAUCAUAACUGUGAUUGCCAAAUUUAGUACUCAAAUUUAUCAAGUGAUAUAAACUAAAAGUAAAUGUUUAAUUGUUGUGGGCUGCAUGUACAGACUUAUUUCUUAAUGCCGUUCCGUCAUUUUACAUUUGUGUAUAUUUAUUUCAAUUUGUAGUUGAUGCCAUUUUAUUGUAUUGUAAUAUGUGUUGGCAUAUUGUAAAUAUACAAAUAAAAACUUGAUCGUUUUAUUUAGUUUGAAAGACAAAUUGAGUUUUGAGAAGAAUUGUUUGAGAACCAUGCUAGACUGUCUAAUAAAGAUAAACAUUAUAUGA